AUCACUAUCCUAUUUCUCUCUGGUUCUCUUUCUCUUCAGAAGUAAGAAGUCGCAAGCUAAGGGUCAUAUGAGCAAAGGCCGUGGGUGGGUUUGGAGAUGGCUUUCUUGGCUAGCUUUCCACUCUCCAACAAUAAUCUUUACCCUCUAAGUUUCAACUCAGAAUUCGAAUUUGCCACGAGCCAUGGGAAAAUGCCAUCUACCUUCUCCGUCUCUCAUUUUCCACACAACAAAGCAGGGUCUCGAACCCCAAGAAGACAGCGCGGCUUCAACCCUGGUACCAUUCUCUCCAAUUCCAGGGCCAAUCCUCCUGCUAGCAGCGUAGGAACCACACAAGUGGUUGAAGAAGCUGAAGUUGAAGUUACAGAAGGAUAUACCAUUACUCAGUUUUGUGAUAAGAUGAUUGAUGUGUUCAUGAAUGAGAAACCUCGACCAAAGGACUGGAGGAAGCUGUUAAUGUUCCGGGAGGAAUGGAAUACGUACAAGGAGAGCUUCUAUAAUCGGUGUCAAGCAAGGGCUGAUACCGAAAAUGAUCCUGCUAUGAAGCAAAAACUAAUCUCAUUAGUGAGAAAGGUGAAGAAAAUUGAUGAUGAGAUGGAAAGGCACACUGAACUUCUCAAAGAGGUACAGCAAAGCCCAACAGACAUUAAUGCAGUUAUAGCAAGACGGCGUAACGAUUUCACUGGGGAAUUCUUCCGUCACCUCACUCUAAUUUCUGAGACCUAUGACAGCCUGGAUGACCGGGAUGCAGAUAUAGCAAGACUUGGAGCCAAAUGCCUGUCAGCAGUCUCUGCAUAUGAUAACACUGUGGAGAACAUGGAGUCAUUAGAUGCUGCUCAGGCAAAGUUUGAUGAUAUCCUGAACUCUCCUUCGCUUGAUGUGGCUUGUGAAAAGAUCAAAAGCAUGGCUAAGGCCAAAGAGCUUGAUUCUUCGUUGAUCCUACUGAUAAACAGUGCUUGGGCUUCAGCAAAAGAAUCCCUGACGAUGAAGAAUGAGGUCAAAGAUAUAAUGUAUCAACUAUACAAAGCUACAAAAAGCAGCCUGAGGAGCAUCGCACCAAAGGAGAUAAAGCUACUCAAGCAUCUACUGAACAUCAUAGAUCCUGAGGAGCGAUUCUCAGCAUUGGCGUCUGCUUUUUCUCCUGGAGAUGAACAUGAAGUCAAGGAUCCCAAUGCCCUAUAUACUACUCCCAAGGAACUGCACAAGUGGAUCACAAUCAUGCUUGACGCAUAUCAUCUGAACAAAGAAGAGACCGACAUCAGGGAAGUCAAGCAGAUGACCCAGCCAGUGGUUAUUCAAAGGCUUUUUAUCCUUAAGGAAACAAUUGAAGAGGAAUACUUGAAGCGAAGGACUGACACGGAAGAAGACCCUGAAUCGAAAGAGUAGUGAGGUGCAGCUCUUAAUCUUCUUUCCCAGCUGUCAUCUUUCUUACGCAACUUUUGCUCUCCCACUUCAAUCUGCAGCUUGUCUGUCAAGGAGAGAAGAAAAUCGUUAGGGUGAUGAAGCGUGUCUUCUUACAAGGCAAAGGAACUUGAAUUGCACAUUGUGGAAGUCAAGAGUCCAUCAUUUCUGCAAUUUUACUAUGUGAAGAUCAACAGUGCUAUUAACC